CUCGUCUACUGUCAAAUCUAAUCAGACCGGGUGGCGCGAGGAAGACAGUGAUCUUUUUAGUCUCCAGAAAUAUCCUAAAAAUAGAUAUUAAAGAAAUUUUCAGUGUACUUUUUCUUAUCUACUAUAACAAGAAAUAUGAUGCGAAAGAAGAAAGUUCUCAUGGUUUGUUUAGGGAAUAGUUGUCGCUCUCCUAUGGCGGAAGCGGUGUUUCAGGAUCAAAUCCGAAAAAUGGAUUUGAUAGAUUUCUGGGAAGUCGAAAGCGCCGCUCUUCUAAGUUAUCAUGUAGGCAAUGAUCCUGAACCUAGAGCAACAGCCACACUUCAAAAAGCAGGAAUUACGGAUUACUCUCAUAUUGCAAGAAAAAUCACGACUAACGAUUUUUACAAAUUUGACUGGAUAUUCGGAAUGGACGAAUAUAUUAUCGAAUUAUUGUAUGAAAAGCAACCGGAAGAUAGUCAAGCAAAGAUAGAACUACUUGGGAAAUACGAUCCAUCUGGAAUAAUUAUCAUAAAAGAUCCUAUCUUUGAUGUUGGUAAUGUCGGAUUUGAGAGAGCAUUUGAACAAGCUUUAAGAAGCGUACGCGCAUUCUUGGAAAUUCACAAAGAUAAUAUGCUCGACAAAUCAUAAUAAAGAUGUUAAAAAUUUUUAUUUUUUAGAAGUACUAAAAAUGAGAAAAGAAAUGAGAAAUUAAGUUUUACCUAAUUUGUUCAGCUUGUAUAGGGUGUUCUAUAAUUCAUCCGACAGAACUUGUGGACAGGUAGAGCGGACUAAACUGAGACGGAAAGUCCUCCACCUUUAUAAUUUCCGCAAAAGUUAACGAAAUAUUAAUCUCUAAAGA